AUGUCCACAUUCCUCGUCGUCCAAGCAACGGGAGGCCAAAGCCAGUGGGUCAUCACCCAUUUGCUCAAAUCCGGCGCCAAAGUCCACGCACUGGUCCGGGACGUCAACAAGCCCCUGCCGGCCAUCCUCAAGGCCGAGGGAGUAACGCUCUUCCAAGGCGAGGCCCUCGACUCCGACGCCGUCUACGCCGCCGCCAAGGGCACGACGGGCGUGUUUCUCAACACCUUCACGUCCCAGACCGAGAUCAAGCAGGCCGAGAGCGUGAUCGAGGGCGCGAGGCGCGCCGGCGUCGAGACCAUUGUCGCCUCAACCGCCAUCGGCUCCGGCGACAAGACGGUACUCGAGUCAGAGCACACCAAGAACAGCGGGCUGCACAUGUACUACGUCAACAAGAACGGCAUCGAGGAGGCCGUCAAGAAGGGCGGCUUCAAGAGCUGGACCAUCCUGCACCCGGCCUACAUCCACUUUGACAUCUUCACGCCCAGGAACGCCUUCAACUUUCCGCGCAUGCCCCAGGGCAUCCUGGACCACGUGCUCGACGCCGGGCGCAAGAUUGCUCACACCGACGCCUCCGACAUUGGCCGGUACGCCACGGCGGCGCUGACGGACCCCGCAAAGUUCAACGGGGAGAUCGUGGAGCUGGGCCUGGCCAUGGACUGCGACGAGAUGGCCGCAGGCCUGUCCAAGGUCAGCGGCAAAAAUGUCGAGGCGGUCAGGUACACGUUUGAGGAGGCGCGGAAGGCGGGCGUGUUCCAGUUCGGCAUGGCGUUCCAGCUGCUGGCCAACGGAUUCGACUUUAGCGAUCUUGCUGGCGCUGGGCUGAGGAACCAGGAGAAGUAUGGGAUGGGUCUCAUGACGUUUGAGGAGUCGAUGGUCAGAGACAAGGAGGAGCUCAUGUCUACUCUUGUCGCGGUUAACUAG